UGACCCGACGCAGAGGCCUGUGGCGCAGGCGCAGUUCGUUGGUCUCUAGGCCGAGCUGCUGUAGGUGAGUCCUGGCUGCGCGGAGUUCACUUCAUCCCAUUUGUUGCCAUCAUUGACCGCAUUUGACCCUUCUAACUGGGAGAAAAUGGUGAAUGUCUUGAAAGGCGUACUUAUAGAAUGUGACCCUGCUAUGAAGCAGUUUCUUCUGUACUUGGAUGAGUCAAAUGCCCUAGGGAAGAAAUUCAUCAUACAAGAUAUAGAUGAUACCCAUGUCUUCGUACUGGCAGAGCUGGUUAACUUCCUCCAGGAGCGAGUGGGAGAGUUAAUGGACCAGAACUCUUUUCCUAUUACACAGAAAUGAAAAGACUAGAAAAUGGGACAUUACCUAUCUCAGAAAUUCUGAAAUCGUAAACAAACAAAAAAGAGUAUUUCCAUCUAGCAUUUUAUGAAACUGAUUACAUAGAUAAUUAGGCAUUUAUAUAGCAACGGUUAUUGCACAAAUGCAUAUCCUCAAACUAAAUGUUCCUGAAUUGUUUGGUUUCUGUUCAAUCCACUAGACAACGUGAAUAAAAACUUUUACCAGA